AGACCAGUACGCCAAGCACGAAUAACUUGCGUAAAGGUAAUAGUAUCGUUAACGUAAAUAAUUUGUAUGAGAAUCUGAGAGCGCCUCUAUCGGACGUAAAACAAACUAAAUUUGGCAGCACAAAUGCCUAUUGUAUAGUAACGUAAUCGUACGGUAAAUGUAUCGUAUGAUGUUUAUACUAACUUUGCGAUCACGAACCUUUUUUUGACGUAUAGAAUAGUAAGUGGCGAUAGCUGGCUAACGUAAGCUUACGAAUGUUUUGUCACGGUAAAUUUUUCAGUGUUAAAACUUGCGUCGGAAGUAAAACGUGUUUCAUAAAUAAAUUUCAGUGGGUUUUAAUACAUAAAUUUACGUAAAAUGCAAGAAGCGCGUAGAGUUAAACGUAGUGCAUUGUAUUAUUAUCUUGCAACAAGAUUACUUGAGAUUGAGGGAGGUAACAAUGAACAAAGAGAAACUAGAGAAAUAAGUCGUAGAUGUAAGGAGAGAAAAAAAAUUAAUUUAUUAGAUCUAAACGAAACCGAAUUUAAGAAUAGGUUUCGUCUUAGUAAAGAUGCUUUUAUAUUCUUAUGCGAUAAAUUACGUCGACAUACUUCUUUGAAGUCAACCAAACGAAUUAGCUUGGAACUUAAGAUUCUUUGUGCAUUGUCUUUUUACGCCACUGGAUCGUACCAAAGACUAGUUGGAAUGGCAAAACAUUUAGGUCAAACUACAGUCAGCAAGUACGUACGAGAAGUGACCGAUGCACUUGUUAGUCCGCCAAUAUUGAAUUUUUAUAUUAAAUUUCCGACAACAAGAGAGCAAAGAGAUGCGGUAAAAAAUCAAUUCUACUCAAAGUUCGGCUUUCCUGGGGUCAUAGGGUGUAUUGAUGGAUGUCAUUUCCAUGUUUUUAAACCCAAAAAAGAUAUUGAACAUUUAUUUUAUUGUAGAAAGCACUUCCAUUCAUUAAAUGUACAAAUGAUAUGCGACAGUGAUUGCCGAAUAUUAAAUAUUAACGCAAAAUAUGGGGGAGCUACCCACGAUGCGUUUAUUUGGGAUAACAGCAUGGCAAAUAAUUAUAUGCAAGAACUACAUCGGCAUAAUGAACAAGUUUGGUUAUUAGGUGAUUCUGGGUAUCCUCAGCGACCCUGGCUAAUGACUCCUAUACCUGAUGCUGUUGAAGGAAGCCCUGAAGCAAAAUACACCCAAGUACAUGGAAAAGCCAGGGUCACGAUUGAAAACACCUUUGGGCGGUUAAAAAAUCGUUGGCGAUGUUUGUGUAAGGACCGCACACUACACUACACACCAAAAAAGUGUGCAAAAAUAAUAAUGGCAUGCAGUGUGUUGCACAACUUAGCCAAAGAUUUUAAUGUGCCCGAACCAGAGGAACACCUUUUAACUGAACCAAACAUAAUCUCUGGACAUGUUUUCCAAGAGAGUGAGGCUGGAGACGACUUAGGAAGAGGACGAGCAAUAAGAAGUGUGUUGGUUGAUAGGAUCAAUAGGCUACACAUGUAAUCUAAAUCUAAAAAAAAACCUAUGUAUCUGGUUAGAAAGCUGUAAUUUUAAGAUUGUUUAAUUUUUUUUAAUUAAAACUAACGUAAGUAUUUAUCUAAUAGUUUUAUUUUGUCAUUAAUGUUAUACAUAGAGCUUAAAUUAAAUAAUUACAGGAGAAAUUAACAAACGAUGUAAGCUUAAUAGGACUUUAGUAUACUUACAAGGCUACACAUGUAAUUUCUAAAUCUAAAAAAAACUUAUAAUGUAUCUGGUUAGAAAGCUGUAAUUUUAAGAUUAUUUAAAUUGUAUUUUUUUAUUAAAACUAACGUAGAUAUGUAAACAUAUAAAAAGUAGUUUUAUUUUUUCAUUUAUGUUGUACACACAGCUUAAGUUAAAUAAUUACAGGAGAAAUUAACAAACAAUGUAAGCGUAAUAGGACUUAGCAUACUUACAAACCUUAGUGGUUUCAUAGCGAAAUUACUAAGCUUUGUAGUUUAAUUUUUAAUUCUAAAUAGUGAAAUAAAUUUUCUAUGUGAUAUUACAUUUAAUAAAUACAAAAUUACUUAUCUUCUUUUUCAAAGUAUCUAAUGAUAACAUUCAUAGCCUCUUUCAUGAACUGGAGCCAUUGAGCCUGUAAAUUGAGCUCUUGGUCCCUCUGUCGCACCCUUUCAUGGACUUCAUACUCAUGCACACGCAGCCUUUCGGUCUCUAACCUUUCAAAGGCCAAAUCACGCUCUCUUGCAUAUUCUCUUGCUCUCCUAUCAGAAUCUACAAAUAUCUUCGCUACAUUAUUAUUAUCACAUCUUUUCUUUUUUUGUGGUGGUGGUACCCAAUGCUCAUCUGAUAUAAUUUUAAUUUUUUGAGAAGAAGGUGGAGGUGUUGCAGUUUCUUCACUCUGAAGAGGGGGCAGCACCACGGUAGGUUGGCUACUGGUGCUUGGGGUGUUCC